AUGACUCGCGGCAACCAGAGAGAAAACGAUCGCAAAAAGGCCCUGGAAAAGGCUGGCAAAGCGAAAAACAAAAACACCAUGAGCGGCUCCGAGUUUGCGCGCGAGAAGGAAAAGGUCGCCGCCAUUAUGCAGGAGAAGCAGCGCAAAGCGCUGGAGAAAAAGUCUACCGAAGCCACCGGGGGCGGAGCGAAAAAGAAGUGA